CAAGUGUAUUUGUAAGAAAGAAGAGACUUCUCAAAGCAACGAAUCUUAGAGAGAGAGAGAGAAGAAAACCACGACGGCGACAAUGGCGAACUACUCCGGCAGCCACAACCGCCUACCGAUAAUCUGUUGUUUUGUGAUCGUAGCUCUGUUGAUUCUCUCAUCCGCCACCGUGGAAGCUACCGGAAACCACCAUGACCAGUGGUGGAUGGCGACGGCGAAGCCUGCCUGCAGAGGAUCGAUGGCGGAGUGUAUGGCGGAGGGAGAGUUGGAGAUGGAUUCGGAGAUCAACAGGCGCAUAUUAGCGACGACGAAGUACAUAAGCUACGGAGCGCUGCAGAGGAACACAGUGCCGUGCUCUCAGAGGGGAGCGUCCUACUAUAACUGCCAGCCUGGCGCUCAAGCAAACCCUUACACCCGUGGUUGCAGUGCCAUUACGCGUUGCCGCAGUUAGAUUUUUCUUUCUUUUUUACUUUCUAUCUCUUUCUUUCGAUUUUCUUUUGGGACAAAUGUUGUGUACUCAAAAAAAAUAUUUGUUUAUUAUUAUGUCUACUUAAUUUUGAUCUCCUUUUCUUGCA